UGCUGUCUUCGAGUCUUUCUUUCUCUCUCAUACAGUCAUAAUUUCUCUCUCCGUCGGGAAGUGAAGGGAGAUGGCGAGCGGCGGGGGAUACGGCGAUCCAAGCCAGAAGAUUGAUUAUGUCUUCAAGAUCGUCCUCAUCGGCGAUUCUGCAGUCGGCAAGUCUCAAAUACUCUCGCGCUUUGCUCGCAACGAGUUCAGUUUGGAUUCCAAGUCCACUAUUGGUGUCGAGUUCCAGACACGGACUAUGGUUAUUCAUCACAAGUCCGUCAAAGCUCAGAUCUGGGACACCGCCGGCCAGGAAAGAUACAGAGCUGUGACGAGUGCAUAUUACCGCGGUGCUGUGGGGGCAAUGCUGGUGUAUGACAUAACAAAGCGGCAGACCUUUGAUCACAUUCCGCGUUGGCUAGAGGAGCUGCGCGCGCAUGCAGACAAGAACAUUGUCAUAAUCCUGAUUGGCAACAAAACCGAUCUCGAAGAUCAGAGAGCAGUACCUACCGAGGACGCCAAAGAAUUUGCGCAGAAAGAAGAACUCUUCUUCCUCGAAACCUCUGCGUUGGAUGCGACAAAUGUGGAAGAAGCGUUCUUGACGGUGUUGUCUGAGAUCUUCAACAUUGUGAACAAAAAAAACCUGGUGGCAGACGAAGAUCAAGCGAAUGGCAAUCCAGCAGCAACAUUGUCAGGCAAGAAGAUCGUGGUUCCGGGGCCGGGACAAGUAAUUCCUGAGAAGAAAAGCAUGUGCUGUAGUAGAUCGUGAGGGGUUGGGUGCAUGUUUGAUUGUACUCUGUAUGUUUGAUUGAUUGUUUGUUUGUUUGAGGUUCCAAAUGCUUGUUUGCUUCUUGUUAGUAUCUAUCUAUCUAUUUAUCUAUCCAUUGCCUGCGUGGUGGGGCCGGUUGGCUGGUUGCCAUUCAUUUGUAAAUUAGUGCACUUAAAAACACACUUCAAAUUUUGUUCCAGAUUAUAUAGUAUCACCUUAUGAAUA